AUGGCUCGACAUCCGAUGGUCACCCUUCUCUCGUUCGAUGCCGAUCCAAUCAACCUAGCCUUCUCUUGGUUUGGUCCGAUUAGAUCCAUGCCUUCGACCUCGGCUUCAAUAUGGCCAACAACCUCCAACACUCUAUUCAAUCAAGUAACUUUGGUCAACGGCAAUCAAUCACCGCUCCAUGCCAUUUUG